UUCAGUAAGAAGGGGAAUCUGUAAGCUUGGAGAUAUAAAGAAAUAAUUCAGAGAUAACCAUGUUGCUGGGGUUAGAUCUUACAAAAGAGUGGCCACAAUUAACUCUGCGAGCAGCAGCCUGGGUCCUGCCGGACCCAAAUCUUUCAGCACGCACGUUUCGGUAGCGGAGGCAGAGGCCGAUCUGGAUGCAGGGCUGCAGCGGAGCGAGCUCGCCCACGGGCUGUCACCCCGGCUCCGGCCGGAGCAGCUCAGCUUGCGGCCGCUUCUGCUCGAGGCGCGUCCACCCGCCUACAGCUUCUCCAGUGCGACAUAUAUAUAUAUAUAUUUUCAUACGUACAUAUAUAUAUGUAUAUAGAGGGGUUUCUGAAACACGCCCCGCUUGGGGCGACCGCGGAGGAGAAGCCGCCGCCUGAGGCUGCAGCGGAGACGGGCUCUGGCGAAGGGGCGCUCCCCCCACCUGCCGCUCAGAGGGAAGGAGGGAGCGGGGGCGGAGCGGCUCCCACCCCGUCCCCCGCCGCCGUCGGAGCAAAGCAGCCGCGGGUGGGAGCGGGCGGUGGGCGAGGGUGGGCGGGCAGCGGCCGCCACCGCCGCCCCUCUCCCCGCGGGAUGGGGGCGAUGGCUCCGCGCCCACCCCCCGGGCGCCCGGGGAACGCCGUAGGCGAGCCCGGCUGCUCCGGGGCAAGUUGAAGGCUGGGCCCCGCGGCGGGCCGCUCUGCCGGCUGCGAGGGGGCGGGAGGCGCGGGGUGCCCGAGGAGGAGCCCGAGCACCAGCCGAGCACUCCGGGCAGCGGGGAGAGCCGGCGAGCGGGCGGAGGGGCUUCAUGGGCAGCUCACGCCAACAUGGUCCUCGCCCUCAACGGCAGUCACCUCUACGGUAACCUCCGGCUCUUGGUCCUGGAGGACCCGCGGGCGCUGAGCGGCGGUAGGAUGAUCGCCGGUUCCUGGCCCCCGCGCAGCCUGGCGAAGCUCGGCCCGUCGCCCCCCCCGUCGGCGCUGCCCACGACGAGCCCCCUCCCCGGCAACGACUCCCAGUGCGGGGAGCAGAUACUCAGCUACGGCAACGUGGAGAAAGUUGUCAUCGGGGCCGUCCUCUCCCUCAUCACCCUGCUGACCAUCGCCGGCAACUGCCUGGUGGUCAUCUCCGUCUGCUUCGUGAAGAAGCUGCGGCAGCCCUCCAACUAUCUCAUCGUCUCGCUGGCCCUGGCCGAUCUCUCGGUGGCCCUGGCCGUCAUGCCCUUCGUCAGCGUGACCGACCUCAUCGGCGGCGAGUGGAUCUUCGGGCGCCUCUUUUGCAACGUCUUCAUCGCCAUGGAUGUCAUGUGCUGCACGGCCUCCAUCAUGACUCUCUGUGUGAUAAGUAUCGACAGGUACCUGGGAAUAACGAGACCUCUUACGUAUCCUGUAAGGCAGAAUGGGAAGCGUAUGGCCAAAAUGAUCCUGUGUGUAUGGCUCUUAUCUGCCUCUAUCACUAUACCCCCGCUCUUCGGUUGGGCCCAAAACGUAAAUGAUGAAAAGGUUUGUUUGAUCAGUCAAGACUUUGGCUACACCAUUUACUCCACAGCAGUUGCAUUUUAUAUUCCAAUGUCAGUGAUGCUUUUCAUGUACUAUCAGAUUUACAAAGCUGCUAAGAGGAGUGCUGCUAAACACAAGUUUGCUGGUUUUCCCCAGCCGGAAGAAAUGGAAGGGAUUUCUAUGAAUGGAGUUGUAAAACUGCACAAGGAAUCUGAAGAAUGUACUAAUUUUUCACGACUCCUAAAGCACGACAAGAAAAACAUUUCCAUCUUUAAAAGAGAACAGAAAGCUGCCACCACGCUUGGGAUUAUUGUUGGGGCUUUCACUGUCUGCUGGCUGCCCUUCUUCCUCCUCUCAACAGCCAGGCCCUUCAUCUGCGGUACAGCAUGCAGCUGUAUCCCGCUGUGGGUUGAGAGAACAUUUCUAUGGUUGGGUUACGCAAACUCUCUCAUUAACCCUUUUAUAUAUGCCUUCUUCAAUCGGGACCUGAGGACAACUUACCACAACCUACUGCAGUGCAGAUAUAGGAAUAUCAACCGGAAACUGUCAGCUGCAGGGAUGCAUGAGGCUCUGAAGCUUGCAGAAAAGCCAGAAUUUGUUCUGUAAGGUCACUCAUCCUUUACUAUAAUAAUUUAUCGUUUUAUCGCAUUAGCUUUUUCUCCACAGAUCCAAAAGAGGAGUUAUGGGAAGAAGCAGGCUUCUUGAGCAGUGUUAACAUAGUCGUCAAGAAUCUGGAAGGUAGCAAGGUUAAUUCCUGUACAGCCCACCAGUCCUAGUGAGCCUCAAGAAAUAAGACCACCAUCUAAAGAAGCUGGGUGUAAGAGGAAUACCACGAAGGGGGGGCGGUAAAUGGUAGUGCAGGAUGUUUGAGUUCCUAGUGAGGAAAGAGCAUAGUUGGCCUAACCCAUUUGUUUGGCCCUUGGCCCCAAGCAACUUUUAGUAGGUCUGAAUGUUGGAUGCGUCUUGUAUCCUGGAGAUCGUUUGCUAUAAUAAAGACCUGAGAAUGGUGAAAACUUGAGUAUAAUUCAUUGCUUUCCACUUUGUUGUUAUAAAAAUAAACCAUUUAAGAAGAAGCUGGAUGAGACAACUUAUAUUGCUUAGAAACACUCUUUAUUAUUAAAAAACCCCCAUAUGUCCAUUAAACAUUAAUUUACUGAUUGCCUGGAAAUAAACUACUUUGUGAAAUUACUGUUGCUUUUGCACAGCAACUAUGGCACUGAAAGAAUAUGUUACGAUUCCAAUGUGAAUAUAAGAGUUUGUGUAAAGUCACAUGGACCAACAUCUACUGCCGCAUACAGUCAUGCAGCACAAUUGGCUGCAGUGCUGCUAUGCCAGUUACAGUAGGUAAAGGUCUUAGCCUACAUUGCUAACGUAACAAACGUGUCUGAUUACAGUUUAUUUCAGGUCUGAUCUUUGUCCAUCUUUUCUUUCUUUGAGUCUCUCGUCUUUAUCAGUUGAGCCCUUCUCUAAUCUAGAUGGAAACCCUGUCUAUGCUCAAGUCUUAGUUUCUGUUGAUGUUUGCCUAGUCCUUGUUCCACUUCAAGAGUUAAUUGUCUAUUUGAAAGCGUUUCUAGCUUCGUGGGAUUUCUUUCCUUUCUGAACUCAGUGAGGGAAAAAAAAAAUCUGAGGACUCGAUAACAUUCAGAGACAUCUGGACUUUAUCCUUACAAACUGAUGUUGGUCAUCACUUCUGCUUAAAAUGAUGUAAAGCCUUGCCUUCUGUAAGAAUCAAGAUCAUUUACUGUCUCCAGUUCUAGUUGUUUCCCUCUGCCACUGCAGCUCAUCCAAGUAUGUGAUUGUGCUUUCCCUGGCUUUGGUAACA